GGUUAAGCAACCAGUUGCAGAAGAAAAGAGGCAUUUCCAGAUUAUCAGUGAAGUGAAGGCAAAACGAUGUCGCUUGGAGAGAUUGCUUGCAGCUAUGCUUGUAUGAUCCUCCAUGAUGAUGGUAUCGCCAUCACUGCGGAGAAGAUUGCCCAAUUGGUGAGGGCAUCAAAUUUAACUGUUGAAUCCUACUGGCCUAGCUUGUUUGCUAAGCUUGCAGAGAAACGAAACCUUGAUGACCUUAUUAUGAAUGUGGGCGCUGGCGGCGGUGCCGCUGCUUCUCCAGCUGCUGUUUCUGCCCCUUCUGGAGGUGCUGGCGGAGCUGGUGCUGCCCCUCCACCGGAGGAGAAGAAGGAAGAACCCAAGGAAGAGAGUGACGAUGGUAUGGGAUUUAGCUUGUUUGAUUAGAGGAAAUCUUAAAGUGUAUUUUUCCUUUGGACAGUAUAUUGAUUUCAAGUUCUGGAAGUUGAAUAUAUAUACAAUUUUUCUGUA